AUGGCCGAGUCCCAGAAAUUUCAUCCUGCACUUACCAUUAGCAAUGUGAAAUCUCUUGUCCCUGUCACGUUAGACAACGAGCAGAAGGAGGCAGCCAAGGCUGCUUAUAACAAGGCUAAAUCCGAGGAUCUCUCAUUAUGGAAACGCCUUGAUGCCACUGUCCUUAAAUGGAUUUACGGCACAAUAUCCUCUAACCUUCUCUAUGCUAUCCUCAAACGUGAUGACACUGCAAAGGCGACAUGGAAACACCUUGAAGCUCUAUUCCAGGACAAUAAGGCGUCUCGGGCUACACACCUUGAUGAGGAAUUCACCAAUGCUCUCUUCGAGGACCAUAACUCCAUUGACACUUACUGCAACUACCUUCAAUCUAUUGCCGAUAGACUUGCCGACGUUGAUGCUCCAGUGUCAAACAACAGAUUGGUAUUACGGCUAACCGGCUCUCUACCGAAAGCUUUUAGUGGCACCGUGGAUUUUAUCCAAAACCAGGAGUUGUUACCAUCCUUUGAAAGCUGUCGCUCAAGGUUGAAGAUGGCAGAGCGUACAAUUAAGGCUUGUACAGCCCGCGAGUCAGGUGGCUCUGGGAUCCGCACCGGCGCUUUGGUGGCUACAUCAACUGACUCUCCUUCCUCUGUUCCCAAGCGAAACAACAACAAUAAUAAAGGGCGCACGAAUAGCUCUAAAAAUAAAGGGAAAGGGAAGGGGACCAAUCAACACGGUAGGACCAAUGGUGGUCAGUCCAAUCAGCCGCCAAAUCAGAAACAACAACCACGUCAGUAA